CUUGCGAAUAUAACUGGGCGAAGCGCCUGUGGCGAUUCACUGGGAGUUCAGAGCGGAGGGGCUGAGCCCCCUGCAGACCUCCAGGCUGCGAGAGCGAGGUGGGGGCAACUUCCCAUCUCGAUUUUUCUCUAAAAGGACAGAAACCUCGUCCAAGCAGCAGCGGAGGAAACCGACAAAGGUAUUGGAAAGAAGGAAGCGCUGUCCCGAGCCACGCUCCUGAGCAGGAGGUGGAUUCUGCGCCACUGCCCCGUAACCGCGGGGAAAGAGGGGCGAUCUCGGUCGUGCCUGGGAGCCCAGAGACUUCGCUCCGGCUGGAGACUCCUGCACUGGACGCCGGCAGCUGGACUCCAUUUCAGCGCCGGGGCAGGCGCCCAGCUCAACUGCGCCCGAGGGCUCCCCGCGGGGGGGGGGGGGGGCGCACGGAGCACCCAGUUCCUAGGCGCUCUCUUUUGCUGCUACUUUGAAAGCUCCCGCGUACACCGCGCGCUCGGCGGGCGCCACCCGGGGGAGAGCUGCUUCCUUACUCCCCGUGCCCCAGACAUGACCUAGAGGUGCCUGCCCGUGCGGGGGCUGCUGCAACCAGGAGAGACACCAUGAAUAAGGCCGCUGGCGGCGAAGAGCUCGCGGAAGUCUUCAGACUGAUCCCGGACCUUCUGGGGGCGGCCAACACGAGUGGCAACGCUUCGCUGCAGCUCCAGGACUUGUGGUGGGAGCUGGGGCUGGAGUUGCCCGACGGCGCCGCGCCAGGGCCUCCCCGGGGCAGCGGCGGGGCCGAGAGCUCCGACACAGAGGCCCGGGUGCGGAUCCUCAUCAGCGCGGUGUACUGGGUGGUUUGUGCGCUGGGGCUGGCGGGCAACCUGCUUGUGCUCUACCUGAUGAAGAGCAAACGAGGCUGGCGCAAGUCCUCGAUCAACCUCUUCGUCACCAACCUGGCGCUGACGGACUUUCAGUUCGUGCUUACCCUGCCCUUCUGGGCCGUGGAGAACGCUCUGGACUUCAAAUGGCCCUUCGGCAAAGCCAUGUGCAAGAUCGUGUCCAUCGUGACGUCCAUGAACAUGUACGCCAGCGUCUUCUUCCUCACCGCCAUGAGUGUGGCACGCUACCACUCCGUGGCCUCAGCUCUUAGGAGCCACCGGGCCCGAGGGCGCGGCCGCGGAGACUGCUGCGGCCAGAACUUGGAAGACAGCUGCUGCUUCUCAGCCAAGGCGCUCUGUGUAUUGAUCUGGGCUUUGGCCGCCCUGGGCUCCCUGCCCAAUGCCAUUUUUUCCACCACCAUCAAGGUGAUGGGCGAGGAACUGUGCCUGGUGCGCUUCCCCGACAAGUUGCUGGGUGGUGACAGGCAGUUCUGGCUGGGCCUGUACCACUUGCAGAAGGUGCUGCUGGGCUUCGUGCUGCCUCUGGGUAUCAUCAGCCUGUGCUACCUGCUGCUGGUGCGCUUCAUCUCCGACCGCCGCGUGGUGGGGACUGAAGCGGCGGCUGGGGGAGGCUUGACCGGAGCCAGCGCUCGGAGGCGAUCCAAGGUCACUAAAUCAGUGACCAUCGUGGUCUUAUCCUUUUUCCUGUGUUGGCUUCCCAACCAGUCCCUCACCACCUGGAGCAUCCUCAUCAAGUUCAAUGCCGUCCCCUUCAGCCAGGAGUACUUCUUGUCCCAAGUGUACGCGUUCCCGGUGACCGUGUGCCUGGCGCACUCCAACAGCUGCCUCAACCCCAUCCUCUACUGUCUCGUACGCCGCGAAUUCCGCAAGGCGCUCAAGAACCUGCUACGGCGGCUCGCAUCGCCCUCGCUUACCAACAUGCGUCCUUUCACCGCCACCACCAAGCCAGAGCCAGAAGAUCACGGGCUGCAGGCUCUGGCGCCGCUCCACGCAACUGUGGAGCCUGACCUGCUCUACUACCCGCCUGGAGUGGUGGUCUACAGUGGGGGGCGCUAUGAUCUGCUGCCCAGCAGCUCAGCCUACUGACGGGAAGACACCGAGUAUGCAGCAGAGCAAAGGGACCCAGCCCUGGGGAGGGAAAAGAGAGAGUGGAUAACUGGAGCCUGGGGGGCCCCACUUCAAGAAGUAGGAGGAAAGAAGGGGGAAGGUAGUUGAGAAACCCGUGAGUGGGCUGGAGGGCCUUCUCUGGAGAAGAAAGGCUGCAAAAUCAGGCAGAGAAGAAGCUGACAAAGUGGAGAUCAUUCCCACAGGACCCAGCCACCAGUCCUGACUCUCCACCAAAACCCACCCCUGUGUCCUCUCCUUAUGCUAUUUACCCUGGGCAGGACAGACACUCCCAGAAACAGAGAGAGGCAAAGGAAAGUAGAGAAAUUGGGCCGCAGGGAGUGAGUCUCGGCCAAAUGAUGCACAGAUAAUUGAGCAUUUUUUCCAGUGAUGUUUAUGGAGCUUAUAGGCCUUCAAGCUGCAUCCAGACAGGAAAAACCACCCAAAACCCUUUCCUUUGCUCUUUGGCCUCUAAGACCAUCUUGAGGAGCAAAGGACUGAGUUGCUUCCCCAGGAGUGAGUUUGGAGGAAAGAACCCUUUUCGGAGUUGGGAGAAAGGAUUGACCAUGUUGGUCUGUCCCAGGAGAAAUGACAAGGGAGAGGCACCUCCAGAAGAGCCAUGGUGUCAUCUGUGUUUCCAACAGGGCAAGUAGGCAUACGCUGAGCUUGACUGCAGGCUUGCCACCUCUGAGCUCAGAUGCUACCAGGGGCAAAACGUCGGUCCCAAGUGGAGGAGAGAGACUUAUUUGGGAGCGGCCUUAAUCCAGGAGUGAGCAGUGUGAUUGGAGAAACUGAGUAGAAAAAUGUCUUUAGGACACUGCCCCUAAAGGGACUCGGGUGCUCACUUGGGAACUAAGCAAGAUGUGUAGCAAGAGCAUCUUGGAAGCUGGGUGCUCCAGUUCCCUUGGAGACACAGUUCACUUUGGUUCAUAUGCUGUAGGUGAGAGGGGCUCAGGAGCAUCCUGAAAAGCUCCCUGGGAGCAAGGGUACCUCUGCAGCCCCUCAUCUUCAUUGUUUGGAAAUUGGGAUGCUACUCUGAUUCAGCCUCUGCACCAGGGAAUAGAAGGGUUCUCCUGUGAGGUUUAGACUGUGCUUAGAAGACUAAGAGAUGCUGUAGAAGUGUGCAGUGGCUUCCUGCACACCAAAUUCCUAAAAGCUGGAGUCCAUUAUUUCAAGAAGAGGUGUGAAAUGGGAAAAAGAAUGGAAGACUGAUGUGAAGUCACCCUAAAGGGAAGAGGCUAUUGGAGAGGCUGUUCUGAGAGAAUCACCAGAAUUUCAAGUGCAAGGUUCUUUAUUGCUCAUACUAUUGGCAAGAGAAGGUAAGAAAUAAGAAUUCUCACAGGGUAACAGUUAACCAAAUUCCUUUUAUUCUAAAGAAUGCUUUGCACAUUCCAUAUGCAUGUUGAAUUCUUCCCCAACUUCCAGACAGUCCAUGGGGCUGUCUCUGAAAAGUGACUCAUGUUUUCCAUGACAGCCUUGUCCAUGUAGCAGCUUAAGAUGUUAAGGUCAUCACAAAGUCCUUUACUGAGGCUGUUCUGGGAACUGAGAUGAAACAUCAACCCGGCCAUCCAUCUGCCAGGAUUGAUAGAGGUGCUACUGUUUUCUUUGAUGAUUUUAGGGUUAAGAAACUGGUAAUGAAGGCACCUCCAAGUGUAGCAGUUUUAAUAAAUAAAUAAUCAUUAGAAAAUGUGUCUGAAUGGUCUCAUGACCUGUAGAAUUGUUUGGUAAUUUUGUUGAAAUUUUCUGUAAUGUCUGAGAUUUAAGGCUCAAAAUAUGAGAUCCACAACUCUGCCAUCCUUUGUCCCACUGUCUACAACACGAAACAGCGCGAUUACUAAGUAUUUAUAGAUCUUUCCACAGAAACAAAAGCUGCCUGAUCUCAAUCCUGAUAAAUCUUGAGAACUCAACUUUCAGAAAACAGACCAGUGCAUCUGUUUCAAAGUAGUCAUUUUAGUCUCUAUUCAUUUCUCAUAGGUAAAACUUAUUGAUAUUAAUAUUGACUAGCAACUGGGCUAAUGAAGGUUGAAAUAUAAACUCCCCAAAUCUCCAAAAUACAAAAUACAUGAAAAAUCAAUAUGGGAAAAAUCAACUACCUACUAUCACAGCAAGAUAUCUGUGUACAUCCUAAUUUUAGACUCCUACUGAGAGAUUCUUAUCAGAGCAACUUGACAUUUCAAUUUCAACAAUAGGAUACUGUGUGGGGGUAGCUCAGAAUUCUUAGAAAUGUGUGUUGAAGUGUGUUCUUCUGCUACAAUGGGCACUAGUACAAAAUAAGAGAACGGGUUGGAGGUAAAGUCUUCAAGAAGAAACUCUGUAAUAAGGGCAAGCUUGUCCAAGCCCAUAACUGGGGGCUUCUGAGAACAUGGCAGGUGAAAUCAAAGACCGUAAUUUCUCUCUACAAUGAGAAUAAGAGUUUAAAAGGAUGUGGUCAAAUCAAAUGAAGUAAUUAUUACUUUUUGCAUGCCUGUUGUGUGCCAAGACCCGUGCUGAGUGUUGAGAUCAAGGACAUGAACUAGAGCUUUCCUGAAUUCGAUAUUUAGAAGAACAGAAAAUCAGGGACACAAACAAGAUAAGAUAGGGAACAAUGAAUUGAAUGUUGUAGUAAAGCUAAAACAAAGUGGUUUGAAAAUAGAGAGGAAGGAAAAAGCAAUACUGCUGGGGGAUAAGAGACUUCUUGGCCAACAUAGUAUUUGACAUGGGCCUAGAAAUAUGAGUACAGUUUAAGCAGAAAGGUAUGGGUAGUGAGAAGAUAGUCUGUGUGUGGUUGGAAUAUGAGGUACUUCACAGGUUUUGUGGUUGGAGUAUGAGGUACUUCAUUAAAGAAGCAAAGCAUUGUAGUUUUAAUUUCUCCUCCAAGAUUUCCCAGGAUAUCUAUUGAAAAUAUAUAUGUCCAUAUAUUUGUUUGGAAACAGGACUAUCUUUUGCCAGACAGAAUAUAUCAUCAGUGUACU